AUGAAAACCCUGAUUUUCGCAUCAAACCCAAUUCUCCAUCUCUCAGAACCUCCCAUCAGAAAACCCAAAACCCAAACUUUUCAACCCAGCAUCACCACCACCAUACUCAAGGACAAAUUCAAGUCGCACGCAAAUGCGAAAGGCUUUUCAGCUUCAAACGGAUCGAUCGGAUCGACAAACAAGAAGGCGAACGAGGAAAACAACAAGAAGAAGAACGACGAUAACGAUGAAAUACCUCAAGAAGUAUACAACAGAAUGAUAGUGAGAAUCUUAGUUUCAGUGGGGCUUCCAAUGGGGUUGGGUCUGGCAUUUCUUCAAAUAUUUGGUGUGCUAAAGGAGAAACAACUCUGGGAUGUGCCUCUAUGGCUUCCGUUCAACAACAACUCUGUUAACAUUGGAGCUUCAGCUCUUGGAAUAGCUUAG